AAAGCCACCGGAGAAGAAGCUCCCGCAGAUCCCCGACCGCCGGCAGACAAAGGGAAUCGGGCCGGCGGCGGGCGGGGAGCGCCGUGGCCGCCCCCCGGGGCCGGGCCAGCACUGGGGCCGUCCCCCCGGUCCGCGGCGGGGCCGGGCCGGGCCAAUGCGGCCGGCGGCGGCGCGCCGCUGCCCGCCGCAGCCAAUGGAGGGCGCGGGCAGGAGGGCUGCUGCCGGGGGCCGGGGGGUGGCGGGGGGGGCCCCGCCAAUCGCGGCGGGCCGAUGGCAGGGAAAUACUAUUAUGCUAAUGGUUGUUUUGCUCGCACUCGCGCGGAGCGGGGUUUAAAAGCCAGGCGGCCGGGGGUAGGGGCUCAGAGGCGAGAGGCAGGGCCGACAGGAUCACAGGCGGGAGGGGAGGGGAGGCGAAGCGAGGAGCGACGGGUGGGGCACCUACCCCGUCCGAGCCCACCCCACCCACCCUGCGUCCUCGCCAGCGGCGAUGUCCAACGUGCACCUCUCCGCCGCCGCCGCCGCCCUGGAGCGCCUGUCCGUCCGGCGGGCCCUAGCCGGGCACGGCCGCAGCCCCGUCUGCAGGAGCCUCUUCGGGCCAGUGGACCAUGAGGAGCUGGGCCGGGAGCUGCGGAGCCGCCUGAGGGAGAUCGGGGAGGAUGACCAGCGCCGCUGGGACUACAACUUCCACACCGACACGCCGCUGCCAGGGCCCGGUCGCCUGCGCUGGGAGGAGGUGGAAGGCGGCGCUGUGCCCGCUUUCUACCGGGAAACGCUGCAGGUGGGGCGGUGCCGCGUCCCGCUCCUACGGGCGCCCCCCUCACCGCCGCCGUCACCGCCGCCCCCCGCAGCCGCCGCCGCGAGCAAGGGGCCCGGAGGGCGCCUGAGCCGGGAGAACCGCGCCGCGCCCCGCUGCCGGGGCAUGCGGCUCUGCCGGAGGGGCCCGGCGGCCCGCAUCACAGAUUUCUUCGCGAGGAGGAAAAGGCCGGCGGAGCCCAAGGCGGCGGCAGAGCGCCCCGCCGGCUGCCCGCCGCCCCCCGCCGCCGCCACGGCUGAGCAGGCCCCCCGCAAACGGCUCCGGUGAGCCAGACUUUUGCACUACGGCACCCACGGGAGAGGCGCACCGCCCCCCGGAGGCGCGGCGCCCCGGAGGCGCGGUGGGGCCGGGGCGGUCGGCGCGGCGAGCCGGGACCCUCCCCCACGCCCGCCCGCCCGCCCGCCCCGGGAGUGGGACCGGGAGACGGAGUCGGAGCGAAGCCGGAGCGCCUGCCCGCCGGCCUUGGCCGCGCACGGAGCAGUGUUAACGUACAACUGUGCAAUGUAUUACGUUUUGUAUAGAAAUGUAUUAUGCCUAAUGUGAGUACACUGGCCAGAAGUGUAAAGCUUUAAAAGUCAUUUAUGUGAAAUGCUUAAUUUCUGCUGAGCUCUCAGUGCAAAAAAAAAAAAAAAAGGGGGGGGGGAGGGGGGAAAAAAGGAAAAAGAAAAAAGCGACUGUAUAUUUGUACAAAACUUUUUUUAAGAGUUAUACUAACUUAUAUUUUCUAUUUAUGUCAGAAAUGUGGAUAACUUCGACAUCCAAUAGCCUUUUUCUUUUGGUUAAGCCAAAGGGCACUAUAUUUGCUUUUGUUAUUUACAAAAUGUAAAUUUAUUUUUAUAGUGGGAAUUUUUUUUUUUUUUUUUGCAUUCACAAGAUGUAGUUACGAAUCAAAAUAUUUUUUAGACUUGAAGACAAAUCUGUUUCAAUGGUUCCUGAGCCGGUCUGUACCACUGCCAUUGCAAAUAAUGCCACAACUUCAAAAAUACUAAAUAAAGCCAGGAAACGCC